AUGUGUAACUUUUCCAGAAGCACCAAAAAAGUGGCCUCUGCAUCAGUCAACGCGAAACUCUCCUUACAGCCGGAAGUUGUGCAGUGGCAGGCAUUCGAUUGUGAUUGUGCCGAGAAGUUGAGCCAGAGUUCGACAAGCGAGCCCAAAUCGAUUGAUGCAAAACUCUACCCAAACUUCGAAUGUCUUGUCCACUUCUUUGCCGGCAAUCUUGGAGGUAUAGUU